UCUUUGAAACGUGUGUGUCAUUUGGUCUUGAUAUCUGCAGUUCUGACAACGAAGGGCAAUCUAUAUUGACUAUUCUACUAAGGUCAGAGGUCUAUGAACUUGCCAAUGCCUUAAUUGAAGUUGCCUGUGUGUCCUUCCCGUCAAUCCUGAAAAAUAUAGUUGAGGCCAUAUGUAAAGAUGAGUCUACCCGUGCUAACUGGAAACAGCUUCUCGUAGAAAAAAUAUUAAACUUAAGAACAUCUCCAUCCGAUUAUGAUCUUAAUGAUGCACUUUUUCAUUGCUGCACCAAUAUCAAAAAGCUUCACGAUCAAGGACAGAGAUUUCAAUUUGAAGACGGAAGUCAAUCUAGCGAGCCACCACCUAAAAAGCGGAAAAUCGAUCACCCUGAAGACAUAAGCUCACCGCAAUCUAACAUUGAACUUAAUGAUACAGUAUUAACAUCUGUUCACCUGAACAUUGCAAGACAACUACUAUUACGCGAGGCGGAUAAUAAAUUGUGCAUGGGUUUGUGCGAAAAUUUCCCAGAACUACAUUCCUUUUUGACUAAGAAAGUUGACCCUGACAGUGUGCCCAUGAUCAUUCCAUGGACUUCGUUUUCCAAGACUUACGUAGACAAACUUAAAAGAGUUUCAAGAAAACAGAAUGUUGGCACAAUUGGCACCUACUGGUUUCAUAAAGAACCGAUAGGAGGUGGAUCGUUUGGUCAUAUUUUUUCAGGAAUCAACGAAAAAGACGGAAGAGAAGUUGCAAUCAAGAAGAUUCACAAACUACGGCUUGUGCGACCAGAGGAUAAAAGAGAGAUAAGAAAUCUGACCGCAUUGGCAGACUGUCAAAAGGUUGUCAGCUAUAUCUUCUUCGAUGACAGUGACAAGGACUUUGUGCACAUUGUGCUAGAAUUGAUGGAGGGAAAUCUAGAGGACUACUUUACAAGUUCCUUCUUUGAUGCCAAUCAAAGUGAACUACUAUGCCAAGAUGUUGUUGAAGGACUGGCAUAUUUGGAUCAGCACAAGCCCAAGCCAAUUCUUCAUCGUGACCUUAAACCUGGAAAUAUCCUUUACAAACUCCAUCCAAAACUUUGUCUUAAGAUUGCAGAUUUUGGUCUGAGCAGCCCUCUGACAACAGUUGGGACCACCGUCCUUGGUACCAAUGUUGGCACUCGAUGCUGGAUUGCUCCAGAAGUUAUACGUUCUACCACGUGCCAGCAUACACGAUCGUCAGACGUUUUUGCGUGUGGGCUCUUGUUACACUUCAUUUUGUCAAAUCAAAAACAUCCAUUUUACCCAGCGGAUUGCUCUAACAAAACUAUCCGGGAAAGGGAAAUAGAAACAGAAUAUAACAUGGGGUACGAAAGAAUGACAAUGGCUGGAUGGUAUCCCGCUCUUUCACCAGAAGCCACGCACCUCAUUAAAGGAAUGCUUCAAAAAGAUGAGAGUCGGCGACCUUCAGCAGCCGAUUCAUUACAACAUCCAUUUUUCUGGUCCAUUAAUAAGAAGAUGGGCUUCCUAAGUGCUGUUGGUAAUCAGUACGAAUUUGAGUGCCCACAUGCUAGCAAAGCAGCCUCUUAUCAUGUAACCACGGCAGUGGAAGCUGAUCUUGAAAACAACUUCUCCAACAUUGUACGAUAUGCAAAGUGGGAUGAUCCUAAUUACAAAAAUGUGGCAAAAGUUGUUGCUGAGAUGAAGAGUCCAAUCGUUAAAGUAAACAAAAAGGGAAAAACCUACACCCAAAACCCAAGAACCUACGAUWCUGGUUCCGUUGUUGAGCUAGUUCGUUUCAUCAGGAACGCUAUCAAUCACGUGUCUGAGCCCAGUCGACCGCAUGACAUCCAGAAGCUCAUUCUUGAGUCUGCCGUGUUCUUGACAGAAUUUCCUCAUCUACUGAUAGAGGUCUACAAAACUGUGACUACACAUGGAUGGGACAAGAGAGAAGAAAUCAAGAAUGCUAUGACCAGUGAGGAUUAAGAUCAAUUGACUACUUAUAUGUAAGUUUUAUCCUUUUGAUU